GACUCUUGAGUUUACAUCUUCUAUUAAACUAACAUUCCUCUAUCUCACACUCUAACUAGAUCCUUUAUUUUCCCAUUCUUUCUCGAGAAAAUUUCUCGAGAAAAUUCAAAAUCAAAACAAAAUCUCAAAACCACAGAGAAACAAAUUUUCCGAUCACUCACUCCAAUGGCGACUGCGAAACCUCAACGAACUCCACAAGAAGUGGAAGACAUCAUCAUCCGCAAAAUCUUUCAUGUAACCAUCACCGGAGAAUCAACAACCACCACCGGAGUAACCGAUUCGAGAAUCGUUUAUCUCGAACUAACCGCCGCAGAGAUUCUCAGCGAAGGAAAAGACCUUCUCCUUUCUCGUGAUGUUAUGGAACGAGUCCUAAUCGAUCGUCUUUCCGGCGAUUUCCCCACCGCCGGUGCCGAAAACUCACCGUUUCAGUAUCUUCUCGGUUGUUACAACCGAGCUCACGAUGAAGGGAAGAAAAUCGUGAACAUGAAGGAUAAAAACCUUAGGUCAGAGAUGGAAACUGUUGUGAAACAAGCGAAGAAGCUUUGUGUUUCGUAUUGUAGAAUUCAUCUCGCGAAUCCUGAGCUAUUCGCGAGUCAGAAUUCAAAUUCCGGCACAGGAAAGUCGCCUCUGUUGCCGUUGAUUAUAUCGGAGUGUGGUGGAGGUGGUGGAAUGGGGGUUUUCGGUAGUGGUAGUGAUACUGGAGGAGUGAAAAGUCCUCCAGGGUUUUUAGAUGAGUUUUUUAGGGAUCCUGAUUUUGAAAGUUUGGAUAGAAUUUUGAAAGGGUUGUAUGAGGAAUUAAGAGGGAAUGUGGUGAAAAUUUCGGUUCUUGGAAAUUUUCAGGAUUCUCUUAGGGCUUUGUUGUUUUUGGUUAGGUUACCUGUUGGUGCUAAGUCUCUUGUGAGUCAUGAAUGGUGGAUUCCUAAAGGUCUUUAUAUGAAUGGUCGAGCUAUCGAAAUGACUAGCAUUUUGGGUCCUUUUUUCCAUAUCAGUGCUCUUCCUGAUCAAACCUUCUUCAAGAGUAAUCCGGAUAUUGGGCAGCAGUGCUUUUCUGAUGCAUCAACUCGGCGGCCAUCUGAUUUAUUAUCUUCAUUCACGACCAUUAAAAAUGUCAUGAAUACCUUAUAUGAUGGCCUAUCUGAAGUACUCCGCAACCUCCUUAGAAGUACAGACACUCGUGAAAAUGUACUUGAGUAUCUUGCAGAGGUGAUCAAUCUAAAUGCAUCCAGGGCCCAUAUACAGGUUGACCCGAUUACUUGUGCAAGUUCAGGAAUGUUUGUAAAUCUCAGUGCAGUCAUGCUUCGCCUCUGCGAACCAUUUUUAGAUGCAAAUCUAACAAAAAGGGAUAAAAUUGAUGCCAAAUAUGUACACCACGCAAACCGUUUGAAGCUAAGUGGUUUGACUGCCCUUCAUGCGUCAUCAGAAGAAGUUACUGAAUGGCUUGAUAGUAAAAACCCAGCUAAGGAAGGGGAAAUGAUUCAAUGUAAUGAUGGUGAGAAACGUCUGAAACAAUCUCAAGAGGCCACCAGUUCUGGUAGUAAUAAUGCCAGUGCAAAAUAUUCAUUUAUAUGUGAAUGCUUUUUUAUGACUGCAAGAGUGCUCAACUUGGGGCUUUUAAAAGCAUUUUCUGACUUCAAACACUUAGUUCAGGAUAUUUCUAGAAGUGAGGAUACUCUUGCCACACUUAAAAACAUGCAGGGACAGUCACCUUCUCCUCAAUUGGAAUUGGAUAUAACUCGACUUGAGAAAGAACUUGAGUUGUAUUCACAGGAAAAACUUUGUUAUGAAGCUCAGAUAUUAAGGGAUAACACAUUUAUUCAGAAUGCACUUUCGUUCUACCGCUUGAUGAUUGUCUGGUUGGUUGGCUUGGUUGGCGGAUUUAAGAUGCCUCUACCACCAACUUGCCCAAUGGAAUUUUCUGCCAUGCCUGAACAUUUUGUAGAAGAUGCCAUGGAACUUCUAAUAUUUGCUUCCCGGAUUCCAAAGGCCUUAGAUGGAGUUGUGCUGGAUGAGUUUAUGAACUUCAUAAUUAUGUUCAUGGGCAGCCCUGAUUUUAUCAAAAACCCAUAUCUGAGAGCCAAGAUGGUCGAAGUUCUGAACAACUGGAUGCCUCGUAGGAGUGGCUCAUCUGCUACAGCUACUCUAUUUGAAGGGCAUCAACUGUCUCUUGAGUAUCUUGUGAGGAAUCUUCUGAAACUUUACGUUGACAUUGAGUUCACUGGUUCUCACACACAGUUCUACGACAAGUUUAACAUCCGCCAUAAUAUCGCUGAACUCCUUGAAUACCUGUGGAAUGUCCCCAGUCAUCGUAGUGCUUGGAGACAGAUUGCUAAAGAGGAGGAAAAGGGUGUCUAUCUCAAUUUCUUAAACUUUCUCAUUAAUGAUAGUAUUUAUCUUCUCGAUGAAAGUUUGAACAAAAUUCUUGAGCUAAAAGAAUUGGAGGCUGAGAUGUCAAAUACUGCCGAAUGGGAGCGGCGGCCAGUUCAAGAGAGGCAGGAGAGGACCCGGUUAUUCCACUCUCAAGAAAAUAUUAUUCGGAUAGAUAUGAAGUUGGCCAAUGAAGAUGUCAGUAUGCUUGCAUUUACUUCCGAGCAGAUUACUGCUCCAUUCCUGCUUCCUGAGAUGGUUGAUCGAGUGGCCAGCAUGCUCAAUUACUUUCUGCUGCAAUUGGUGGGGCCCCAAAGAAAAUCACUCAGUCUGAAAGAUCCUGAAAAAUAUGAAUUUCGUCCAAAGCAUUUGCUUAAACAGAUUGUGCAUGUAUAUGUUCAUCUGACUAGAGGUGACACAAAUUCUAUCUUCCCGUCUGCCAUAUCAAAGGAUGGCCGAUCAUACAAUGAUCAGGUUAGUUUUGUGAGAUUUUUAAUAUACUCUGGUUGUUCUCGAGUAUUUUCUGAUUUGUACUACCACAAGCUAGUAAGUGAAUGCAAUUUGACUGUGAGUUUGCUGCAGUUGUUUAGCUCUGCUGCAGACGUCCUUCGUAGAAUUGGUGAGGAUGCAAGAAUCAUACAGGAAUUUAUUCAGCUCGGUGAUAAGGCCAAAGUUGCUGCUUCAGAGGCCUUGGAUGCUGAAGCUACUCUCGGAGAAAUACCAGAUGAAUUCCUGGAUCCAAUUCAAUAUACUUUGAUGAAGGAUCCAGUUAUCUUGCCUUCUUCAAAGACCACGGUUGAUCGUCCUGUCAUCCAGAGGCAUCUUCUCAGUGAUAGUACUGAUCCAUUCAACCGUUCUCAUCUGACCGCCGAUAUGCUAAUUCCUGAUGUUGAACUCAAAGCAAGAAUUGAAGAGUUUAUCAGGUCUCAGGAAAUGAAGAAACACAGUGAAAGCCUAAGUAUGCAAAGUAAUAAGGCCACCAUUCAACCCACAAAUGCUGAUAUGUUGAUUGAUUAGGAAAAGUUUUGGAGUUUCCUAACUUAUCAAACCAAUUAUGGAUUAUUACCAUGCACAUGCACAUAAAGAUAGUUGUGGAACUUCAAUUAAUUUGUUUUUCGAAAUUUUAAAGUAUUGUUUAGAUAUUUAAGGCUGUAAGGAUAUUUGAAUCAACAAUGUAUAGAAGUAUAAAGUGGUGUUUAUUAACUAUUUUUUCUUUAAAGAUGUAUCCUCAACGCGUAACUUUAAUUUAAGAAAUAUUUGAAAUCCAUUUAAA